CUUUUCCUCCCUCUUCAUGCGCUCCACUUCAAUCUGCCCCUGCGUGCGGAUUUUAGCAAGCUCGAUCUCCUUUUGAUGUGUCGUUUCCUCGGCAAGCACCAUUUCCGUCACCUCAGCGAGCUUGGCCUUCUUCGCUGGUUUGGCAGGUGUAGGAGCGGCAGGAGCGGCUGGGUGAGAUGUCCCACGCCUGGGUGGAUUCGAUUUUUUCUCCUCAAUAUCGUCGUGAAACUGGACAGUCAUGUCAACGACAGGCUUGGGUUUUGGUACACGUGGGGGCGGGGUAGGAGAUGAGGAGUGCAAGAAGGAAAGGGUGGCAUCGAUGGUCAACGCGUCAGCAUGCCGGGCUGUGUCAUCCCCUUCCUCCUCCUCCUCCCGCUCUUCCCCAGCCUCGACCUUGAUCUCUUCAUCAUCAUCAACAUCAUCCAUCAGCUGGCUCUCCGAGUCGGCAUCUGUCGAAGGCUCUAUACCAAGGACAGACUCGUCGAUCACAGUGCUGCCAUGUCCUAUGCCAGUGGGAACAAGAUUUGGUCUCUCGCCAAUAAGCUCCCGCAUAUCCAGGUACCAGGGGGACUGGUCCAAGAUCUCCUCUGCAUUACGAUGAGCCCAGAGAGCAUGGUAUACAACAAGGUCCUUGAUGCCUUCGCCGGUGCUCCCAAGCUCUUUGUUGUGCUUUGAAGUGUCUUUCUUGACCCUGGGAUGAGUCGUUAGUGACAGGAAUCAUUUGUUG